AUGCCCGCUCCGACUAAUACCCUCCUCAUCGAGGGCUCUUUCUCCGAGCUUGCCGAGGAAUUCGCCCAGUACAUCGACACCCUCCGCAAAGAGGGCAACCUCCAGUCCGAGAUCGCCCCGCUCCUCGAGCCCAUUCGCCAGCAGGAACAGUCUGAGGGCGAGGCCGACCUCAAGCAGCGCGAUGAGGUUCUGAAGAAGUUGGUGGGCGCCGCCGCCGUGUUGAACGGUGCUCCUGAAAAGGAGAUUACUCCUUCCUACAAUCUUCUGGUCCACCUCGUUCACCAGUCGUCCAACGCCGAUGUGUUCCUCCCUCGCAUCUGCACCUAUCUCGCCAAGCCCAUCACCACCUCUCCUCAAUUCGGCCCAACUCUGGCCAUCUCCAUCCUCACCACCAUCUUCAACACCUUGAACACCAAUGACUCCAGCCGCUAUCACGUUCUUCUGGCCAUCGUGGCCGUGAUCCGCCAAUCGGGCUCCGGAUACGCCUUCGAGGCCCUGAAGCCUCAGCUCGCUUCACAGUUGCCCACGUGGUUGGCCGCCUGGGAGUUGGAUGAGGAAGAGAUCCAGAAGGUGCACCUGGCCAUUGCCGACGCCGCCACCGCUGCCGGCGACGACGACCUGGCCCAGACCCACGUUGUGCAGGCCCUGCAGACCAUUCCUGCGGCUGAGGCCACCAAGCCCGCCGCCCGUGACUUGGCCGUCCGCGCGCUCGCCUCUGCGCUGCGCCGUCCCACCGUGUUCGACUUCACUCCUUUGACUGCUUCCGACGCCGUUCAGUCUCUCCGCUCCAGCGACAGCACCCUCUUCGAGCUGCUGGAGAUCUUCACCUCCGACACCCUUGACGCCUAUGAGGAGUUUGUUGCAGCCAACCCUCUGAGCUCCAUCUCAGGUGGUGUUCUCGCCGAGGCAGCUGAUGCCCUGCAGACCAAGAUGCGCCUUCUGACGCUCACCUCGUUGGCCUCUUCCACGCCCUCCCGCUCUCUUCCCUACGCCACCAUUGCCUCCGCUCUGCGUGUGCCUGCCUCUGACGUUGAGAUGUGGGUCAUUGACACGAUCCGUGCCGGUCUUGUGGAGGGCAAGCUCUCGCAGCUCAAGCAGGAGUUCCUCAUCCACCGCGCCACUUACCGCGUGUUCGGUGAGAAGCAGUGGGCCGAGGUCCAGGGUCGUCUGAUGGUCUGGCGCCGCUCCCUGGAGGGUGUUCUCGAGGUCAUUCGCACCGAGCGUGAGCGCUUCAUUCGUGAGGGCAUCCAGGCUGCCGCCGACCAGGAGAACGCUGCCACCCAGGGCAAGACUGGUGACAAGUCUCGUGCCGGUGGUGACCGAAGGCGCCACCAGCAGCCCCGCGAGGUUGAGCCCGUUGCCGAAUAG